UGUCAGUAUUCGUUUCGAGCUCUCAAAUAACAUAUAACUUUACUGCACAAAAAAGAAGUCUUUUAAAAAUGUCUGAGCAAGAAUUGAUAAACCAAAUGAAGUGGGCUUCGCAAAAUGGAGAUAUCGACCAAGUGAACGAGAUUUUGAGCAAGGGUUUAGAUGUUAACAAAGACCUUGGCAUGGGAAGGACUGCAUUACACUUUGCUGCGGAUACAGGACAGACUGACGUCAUUGAAGUCUUGUUAUCAAAGGGUGCAAAUAUUAAUGGUAAAGAUAGACAUGGAAUUACUCCUCUUCUCAAUGCCAUAUGGGAYAACCACCCUGAAAGUGUAAAGUUUCUUUUAUCUAAGGGUGCAAAUCCAAAAGAUAAAACCCCYGAUGGACAGACGUACCUUGAAGCUGCGGAGAAUGAUCAACUACGAGAAGUCCUCAAAGCUUGUUAAACUAAUAGGAGUAUGGAUAAUAAAUGGACAAUGUUGACUUAAAACUCGUUGUAGCUAGUCACAGGAUGAAAAUGCUAGUUUUACAAUAUAGUAAGGAUUAUAACUAGGCUGCCAUUUUCAGUAUAGAAUAAUAAAACAAGUACCUUAAUACUAUUAAUAAAAAGUACUAGAGUAUUAUUGAUAAUAAUAACAGUGUCAGUGAUGCAUAGAAAAGUGAAUUAAUUGUAUUUACAACGUAUGUCAAUGAAGUAAUGUGAAUGAUUUAUCUACAUUAAUUUUAUCUGAAAUAUUUUACAUUUGAGAAAAUAGACCUGCAAAUUUCAUAGGAAUAUAGCMUCACCUGGGGGACAAGACAAGACUCUUGAUCUCAGCAGAGAAAAAUCUUGUUUUGUGUCCCAGAUAAAGACAUCACAUGCAAGAAAUGUAUAGCUCUAUUUACAUUAACUUGGCUCCUUAUUGUAAGUUUAAGAAAACAUGAUUAUAAGCAUAAAUUUGUGUAWAAAGUAGUUUCUCAGUUAUAGAAAACAUUUUUGUAACACUUCUCUUAUUUCAUAAUAAAUGUGUACCCAAUC